UUCCCCGAGCUCGAGCAGACCAGCAGAUGUGAGUGAGGUUGCAGCUCCGCUCGCUGUUCUAGUGAAGCAGGCAGGAGAUAGGAGGAGGUAGGAGGCAUGGCCGACCAUCAGCUUCCCCCGAAACUGCUUCUGACCUAAAUGCAGUGAUGCACAGGCUUUACGAAGAGAAGAGCACGCAGGACAUCUCCAGGAAGCGCAGCUGCUCUUGCAGACUGGAAAUGACGGACAGACUCCGUCCGCCCAAAAAAGCUCAACCAGACGUCUGUUGUCAUCUAAUUUAUACCCAAGACACCUUACCCUGAACACAUCAUUUGCACGAAGAAGAGCUUUUUAUAUUUAUUGAAACAGAGGACACAAGUACCAAGAACAAUAUCUAUACAGGACAUUCUGAUUCUGAAAUUCCAUCAGCUUGACUUUCAUCAUUCAUUAAAGUUCAUCAAUUGUUGCUCAAUUUCUAUUUCUUGUUCUUUGAGGUCCCAGGAAACAAUGCUCCUCUUUGGUCAUAUUGUGUUCGUAAUGAAUCUACUUUAUCUAAGGAUUGUGUGAUAGUCUUUAGGCGUGGCAUUCUUACCAGAGGCCCUUUCCACAUUUUAUGGAGGUCUCACAUAGACAACUGAGCACUGGGGAGCAGUCAGGAGGACAAGAACCCCUUUAUGAACCUCAACAUGAGUCUUGUCUCAACAACCCAAAAGCAACCACAGCUCCCUCCCAGCAUGAACAUGGACCACCUCAUUCCAGACAGACAAAAAGACUUCGUAAUGAAAGAAAGCGUCUCCGACUUCAGAAAAGAAAUGUUCAAGAAGCAGAUUCUCUCAAAGGGUCGAAGUCAGAAUGGGCUUCUAGAAGUUCUGAAGAUAUGGAUGUUUCUGAAAAAUGUCCUGGGACUUCAACUUCAUCUGUGUCAAUGCAGAGUUCUGCGGAGGGGCGUGAAAGCACACCUAAACAAAAACGUGAGCGUAAACCUCAGAAGCCGGGAAAGUAUGUUUGCACCUACUGUGGUCGUGCAUGUGCCAAGCCCAGUGUACUACAGAAACACAUACGUUCCCACACUGGAGAAAGGCCUUACCCUUGUGCACCAUGUGGUUUUUCUUUUAAGACGAAGAGUAAUCUUUACAAGCACCGUAAGUCACACACACAUAAGGUAAAAGCUGGUAUGGCCUUAGGUAGACAGGGACCUGGCACGAGUUGUCAUGAUGAGCCAGUUACAGAAUCAGACGAAGACACCAGUCAGCUAUCUUCAUCUCUUACUCUCAAAAAUCAAGAGAUGAUCAUCUCCCCAAGGAAUUCUCGCACAGAAAUUUCCCCCGAAGGGCAGUCACAGGGGUUAGAAUACUCUCAUGCUGUCAAAAAGAGACUAGCUAUGAGGCUAAGCAAAGGUAGACGAGCUCCUGUGGGCUCAUCUGAUGAGACUUCAUCAUCAUUUGGUCUAGGCAGCAAAGGCAGCACAGAAUCAGGCUAUUUCUCUCGAUCUGAGAGCACCGAAGUCACUCAAGACAGUCUGCCAAACACAAGUGCCAAAAGUUAUGCUGAAGUUAUUCUUGGAAAAUUUGGCCGUCUCGGUCAUUUACAGAGAACAGUCCGUCAACAGGAUGAACAAUCUGCAGAACAAGAGGGGAGGAGCAUCCCUUUCUCAGUGCCUAAAAAGCAAGUAAUAGAUCACAUCACCAAACUCAUCACCAUAAACGAAGCAGUCGUGGACACAAGCAAAAUUGACAGUGUCAAACCCAGAAGGUUUUCUCUUUCUAGGCGGAGCAGCACAGAGUCCUCUCUUUCUAAAGAUACAAUUCUUCGUCGAGCAAAAGAGAUAGAUCUUAGUUCAAAGAGCAGUGGGUCCAUCACUCUUGGUGUACCUUGUGAGAAAUUUCAACAACACUCCACCAGUGUCAGUCAACCGUCUGACCUGUCAGCUGGUCCUUUAUUAAGAAGUCAAUCAUUACCAUCGGAUGCAAGCAUUGAGUCUGCUGCUGCCUCACAAAACUUUCGUCACAGCCAAUCAUUUGAUGAACAACCAGCUCAGAGCAGGCGGCAUGGCAUGCUCAGGCGCCAGCCUGCAAUUGAAUUACCCAUUGGUGCUGAAAUUAGUCCUGAGGAACAACCCUGUUCCAGCUCACCAUUUCAUACCUCAGUUUCGAUGGUGUCUGACUGCAAGCCAAAACAUCUAGAACCAUUUGAGUGUGAAGCAUGUGGACUUGCUUGCAACAAUUGGGAAAAAUAUAAAACACACAAGCACCACCAGUGUCCUGCUCAGCCACCUCACCAACUUGAGAUUCCUGCAUGUCAAGCUGAAGAGCAUGGAACAAUUCAUAAAACCAGAGUUGGUGGCUUAGCAGUACGAAAAAGGAGGAAGGAGGAGAGUCUAGAACUUGAUGAUCCUGCCUUACCAGUAGCUGCCUUGUCAUCUACCUUUACAACAUCACAAGGAUAUACUGCAACAUGUGUAAAGCCCACCAUAAAGUCUGUUUUGUCAUUGCAGGCACAGGAGAAGAACACUCUAAAAGGAGUAUCAGUGAUACAACACACUAGUUUAUUUAACAAACAAGAAUCUUCAUCUCACAUUUCGGUAAAGGAGCAGACAUCAAAGCCAAACUUCCGUAAACUCGUUCGCCAACACAAUGUUCAAAUACCAGAGAUUCGAGUAACAGAAGAAACAAAUAUCAACAUUACAGUGCCGCUCCCUCCAGAUGUGUCUGAAACUAAAGAGACGAAAAAAGUUGAAGACUUCCAAUGGCCUCAGAGAAGUCCAACCCUGGCCCAGCUUCCCAUUGAGAAGUUACCCCCAAAAAAGAAAAGACUUCGUCUUGCAGAGGCCACUCAGUCGUCUGGAGAGUCAAGCUUUGAAUCAAUAUCUGUACCUCAUAGUCCAAGUCAAGACACUCAUAGGUAUAGUCAUUCCACAUUACUUGAAGAAUCUUUAAAAAGUGAUAUUGACACAGUGUCCAGAAGGUCAAGAGCUCCUCAUACUUUACCAAUCUCAAGUACUCACCACCCUCACAGAGAAAUGCAACGGUCUGCAUCUGAGCAAGCACCACAUAUACCUCAGCAGACAAACCCCAUCGUGGAGACCAGAAGUAAGUCAUUUGAUUACAGCUGUUUAUCCCCUGAGCGAACACCUGCAGGAUGGAGGGAAAGGCGCAAAUGCCUCCUGAUGAAACAUUCCGCAGUAAGAGAGCCAGAGGAAGAAGAUCCACCACCAAAGCCAAGUUUUUGUGCUAAUACCAUGUCUCCAAAUGCAAGCAUUUCCUCUGGACAGAGUCCUGACACAUCUCAUUCCUUUGUGCCUUCUUCAUUGUGUAAUGUGUCUUUCAGCAAUACAGCAUGCUCCUCAUUCUCUCAUAAACCCGUCACUGCUUCAACUGCACUGACUCACACAGAUGAUCACACAGUCCUGGAUCUGCACUGCCUGUCAGGUGCUGCACGAGCUCACUACUACUCAGUAUCCUCAGGGCUUAAGCUUAAGAUUCCUUUAGAGGAUGAUGUUGAGCAGUCAACCUCCAAUUAUCAUCCUUACCAUCCCCAUCUUGAUAUUACUCCAAGCCGAGAGCUUCUGAGGCCUCCUGAGAUGCACAUUGUGCCUGUUCGCCUUUAUUCAGAUUUACCUUCCCAUGCCAAUUCUGUUUACACUACUCUCUCACGAACAGUUGUUGCAACACCUCAGGAUCCUUGCUGCUCUGGAUUAAGAUUAGAAUCUUUAGGAUCUAGGUUUGAUUUAAAUCAAGUACCUGAGGGAUCCAAAUCCUUCAGUGCAGGAGGAAAUAAAAGGGUACUGUCCCCAACAAGCAGUGUAGAACUCACCCCUGAUGGUCAACAACAGAAACGAGUGAAGGAAGAGGAGGAGAACGUGGACCAUGCCCAGAGCAAUACAACUAGUUUAAUUUCCAUCAAAAAAGUGGACUCUCAGCUGUGUACUGACAAUAUUAUAGUCCCCGUAAACAAAGAAGAGACUCCCUAUACUUCUCUUGACACAAAUCUUGCAAUUAGCUGGUGCUAUCUAAACUACGUGAAACCCAACCCAUCUGCCCAAGAUGAGAAGCAGAACUCAGUCUAUUCUACUUGGUGCAUAAGUUCUCGGAAUCCGAACCCUCCAGGGUUAACAAGCAAAGAUGUACUUUCUCUAGUGUACUGCAAGCAAAGACAUACACCUUUCACCUACACCACAGCAGCGAUGCCUCCAGCCACAGUGGAAAAUCCUGCAGCACCUGACACCAGGGAUCACAAAGAGGCUGAGGUACAUGCCAUACAGCCCAUAGACCCUACAGAGAUGCAGAACGCUGAGCUGAGAAAGAGUGAAAAGACACCAAAGGAAGAGGGAGAAGAAGAAGCACAGUCUACCUCCAACAGUGAGAUCCUCCGGUACAAAUCUGUGAAGGAGGAAGAAGGUUACAGGUCGAGUGAGGAGUACGUGUACGUGCGGGGACGUGGACGAGGUCGUUAUGUGUGUGAGGAGUGUGGGAUCCGCUGUAAAAAGCCCAGCAUGCUGCGGAAACACAUCAGACUACACACUGAUGCUCGACCCUACAUCUGCCAGCACUGCAACUUCGCUUUCAAAACCAAAGGGAAUCUAACCAAACAUAUGAAGUCCAAGGCUCAUGGGAAACGCUGUCCUGAGGGCACCACUCCUGGACCUGUGCUGUGUGAGCCAGACACAGAAGAAGGAGGUGGUGCUGAGGAAAGUGUUGCUGUGCCAGAGGUCGCUGAGGAGCAUCAGUUCUCAGACGCUGAGGAUACGGAUGAUGAAGAGGAUGACAUCGAGGAAGCUGAUGAGGAGACAUCGCAAUCCUCUGCCUCAUCUGUGAGAAUAUCUGUCUGUAGUGAAGGUCCAGGAUGUCAGUCUGCUUCAAACCCUACAGUCUUGGGGAAGACAAAUAAGUCCAGACAGCUGAAUCCAAAUACGUCUGCUUAUGUAGAGACCACCACUGCGUCGAUAUCUUCUUCUCCUAUAUGCAGUCUAUCUCCUGGCCCUUAUUUAUCUCCAGGUCUUCAAUGCUCUCCACGACGAGAUGCGUCUCCUUUACGCUGUCCCUCUCCCCUGCUUAGCCUCUCUCCAUCUCCCUGUCAGUCCUCUCUUUCCCCAUCUACCCGACCUGUCUCACCUUUUUCACUAAGACACCUGUCCCCAGUUCGAGCUAUUUCUCCUUUAUGUCCUGUGUCUCCAAGCAGUCCUCAAAGCUCCAGUUUUGGGGUCAGCACGACGGUCCAACAGAGGCCCUGCCGAAACAGAGAUUGUUUAAAAUCUUCAACCAGUACGGUCCAUCUCAAGGGAAAGCUGGAGAAGAUGAUUAGAUCUCAGAGGAGAGAGCAUCAGGCCGAGUUGCUCUUCUUCAAGCAUGGGAAGGUCAGAGAAGGCCAGCGAGUGCUCAGCCACCUGCCUCUGCAUUCUCAACCUCAGACUUCAUGCUCCAGCCUCAGCCUCAUGAUCCCCAUAGGAGGAAUCCAGAUGGUUCAGAUUCCUACAAUCAGAUCUGGUCUGCACAUGCAUCGAUCGAAACCGAACCCCAGCAUGACCCAGACCUCCUUAGCUGAGCAGGAUGAGGAGGAAGAAACAAGUUCCUCAAACGACUUGAUACAAUACGGGUGUGCUGGAGGACAAAGCCAGGAAGCUGGAGAACCUGACGAUAAGAAAAGUGACACUCCGAGUGCACCCUUGACAACCUGGAAGUGUAUCUCUCAAAGAAAAGAGAGAAAAUGUUUGGAAAGAAAACCCACACACGUCCCCAAAAGCGCUACAGUCAAGCAAACAUCUACAGAUAGUGACACCACACCCAAGAGCACGUGGAAGGAGAAGGCUUUCAGAGCAUCAGAGAGAAUGCAGUCAGAGAGAAGACUUUAGUUCCAGUGAUGAACAGAAUCUCCAACAUCUCCUACAGAUGAUCGAGCUGAGCACUUCGAAAACAAGAUUCAGUGUAAUAGUGUAGAUAUGCAACAUAUAUCUGUAUGUAUAUUGUUCUCUCUCUGUCUUCUAGACGCAUUUCUAUCUAUCAUUUAUAUACGACUGUAAAAAAAACGAUGGUUUAUAUUGAUUUAUAUAUGACCUUGUAUGGCUUUGGAGUUUGUAUUUUAUGUGUUUGUAUCAUUUCUAUAUGCACUUUCUCACUAGAUUAUAAAACUCAGAUAAACGCUCGUGUCCAUCCAACAUUUUUGAUAGACAAUGUGAGCAUGGUAGAUUCCAAACACACGGUUCUUCUCAAACAGCCAAAACCACUCCACUCGUCACUACACAUUUUUAUAUUAAUUUAUGUAAUUAGUAGUGUUGUCGGGUUUCAUAAGAGGAAAGACGUCUGUAUAGUAUUUUCUUAUUGUGCUGUAUUUGAAUAUGGAAUUCAUGUAUUCUGUUAAUUAAUCAAUGGCAGAAAAGCUUUUAGUAACAUCAAAUGAGGUAAGAAGAUUAUAUGCAUAUACUAUUUAAAGCUUAUAGCAUGGGUUUAUUGUUCGCUGUGUUUUUCUUUUCCUAUUUGAUUAGAGAAUAUAUGCAGAUUAUGUAUCCUUGAACACGGUUUUUCUGGUUCUCGUUCAUUAUGAUUGUAUUUAAGCCACGAUUCCUUUAACUGGGCGACUCCUCUCUGGAUUUCUUUGGCUGUUGGUGUUGUGUGAACUUUAUAGCACCACUGAGUGCCUCUGUGAAGAACUGAACAAAAUACCUGCAGUUUAAAGUAGCUCAUGUUACACACACACACACACACACACACACACACACACCGGGCUGACAGCUAGCAAAUUGGUUAUUAUUAUUAUUAUUAUUAUUAUUAUUAUUAUUAUUAUUUUAUUUUUUACCAAUAGCCUCUUGAGAAUCAUUUCUAGCACACAUGGUCUGGCAAAAGGUCACUUGUGGUGGUUUAAAUCAUAAGAAAUAGCAUCUUUUUAGCUGAACAUCUGAUCAUGUAGCUAGUUUGGAUGAAAUAUCGGGUGCCUAUAAACAGCAGCAUUACUGGUAAAAUUGGUAAGCAAUAAAACCAUAAAAAAUGUAUUAAAUUGGGUACUGUCUGAAAUGUUGAAAAUUGCAUUAUUACUCAAAAUGAAAAUAAAACAUAAGAAGAAAAACA